AUGGCGCUGGACAACUACUAUCGGAACAAGAUCGAGGGCAUGAAGCUCGAGAUUAUUCAGGGCCAGGCAGUUCUUCGACGUUUAGAGGCACAGCGCAAUGAUUACAACUCGCGAGUGCGUCUGCUACGGGAGGAGCUCGGCUUGCUCCAACAACCCGGCUCCUAUGUCGGCGAGGUGGUGAAGGUGAUGAGCACGAAGAAGGUGCUGGUGAAGGUACACCCAGAAGGCAAAUACGUGGUUGAUAUCGCAGACGGCGUGGACAUUGCCAAGCUCACCGUCGGCAAGCGGGUGGCUCUGCUUUCAGAUUCCUACAAGUUGGAGAAGAUGCUGCCAUCCUCAGUCGACCCGCUCGUAUCACUGAUGAUGGUGGAGAAGGUUCCGGACAGUACAUAUGACAUGAUCGGUGGAUUGGACCAGCAGAUCAAGGAGAUCAAGGAAGUGAUUGAGCUUGGUCUGAAGCACCCGGAGCUGUUCGAGUCCCUGGGUAUCGCACAACCGAAGGGUGUCCUGCUGUACGGUCCUCCCGGUACCGGUAAGACGCUGCUUGCCCGAGCCGUGGCCCAUCACACAGACUGCCGCUUCAUUCGUGUCAGUGGAUCGGAGCUGGUGCAGAAGUACAUUGGUGAGGGUAGCCGCAUGGUGCGAGAGUUGUUCGUCAUGGCCCGAGAGCACGCGCCCAGUAUCAUCUUCAUGGAUGAGAUUGAUAGCAUUGGCUCUAGCCGGAUAGACUCGGCGGGCGGUGGUGACUCGGAGGUGCAACGAACCAUGCUGGAACUGCUCAACCAGCUGGAUGGUUUCGAGCCUACCAAGAACAUCAAGAUUAUUAUGGCCACGAAUCGACUGGACAUUCUGGACCCUGCCUUGCUGCGACCAGGGCGUAUUGACCGGAAGAUCGAGUUCCCUCCUCCAUCUGUCGAGGCCCGUGCCGAUAUUCUACGAAUCCACUCGCGGUCGAUGAACCUGACGCGCGGAAUCAACUUGACCAAGAUUGCGGAGAAGAUGAACGGGUGCUCCGGUGCCGAGCUGAAGGGUGUCUGCACGGAGGCUGGCAUGUACGCACUGCGCGAGCGGAGAGUGCACGUCACGCAGGAGGACUUUGACUUGGCGACCGCCAAGAUUCUCAACAAGCACGAUGAUAAGGAGGUUGCGGUGUCGAAGUUGUGGAAGUAA